AUUAUUGGAGAAGAAGAAACCCGUACCUUUUUGGGGGUUUCCUGUUCUCAUACGUCACGCAAAUGACAAAUCUACCCUUGUUGUGCCCAUAUAAACCAACCACACCAGAUGCCUCUGAAAUUGAACAAGUUCCUCAUAUCCUUGAAAAUGGCUAUCUUCUCUGCUCAAUUUGCUUCUGCAGUAGCAUUGAUAAUAGCAGCUUCGUUGUGUCUGAUUGAAGCCAAUCAAACUGGAAUCGGAAUUGAAAUUGGAAGCAGAGGGCAGAGAGAGUUCGAUUACUUCAACUUGGCCCUGCAAUGGCCUGGCACUUUCUGUCAACACACCCGCCAUUGUUGUUCAUCAAAUGCUUGCUGCCGAGGCGCAAAUUCUCCAACCGUGUUUACAAUCCAUGGAUUGUGGCCUGACUACAAUGAUGGAACCUGGCCUGCCUGUUGCACACAGAAAAGCUUUGAUGAAAAAGAGAUCUCAACAUUGCAUGAUGCAUUAGAGAAAUAUUGGCCGUCUUUAAGUUGUGGUAGACCAUCAUCCUGCCAUGGUGGAAAAGGAUCAUUUUGGGGUCAUGAGUGGGAGAAGCAUGGGACUUGCUCCUCUCCAGUAGCUCGAGAUGAAUACAGCUACUUUUUGACAACCCUCAAUGUCUAUUUUAAGUACAAUGUCACUAAAGUCCUGAAUGAAGCAGGAUAUGUACCUUCAAAUACUGAAAAAUAUCCUCUUGGAGGCAUUGUUUCUGCUAUUCAGAAUGCUUUCCGGACAACCCCAAAGUUGCUUUGCAAAAAAGGUGCUCUGGAGGAACUUCAUCUAUGCUUCUACAAGGAUUUCAAGCCUCGGGAUUGUUUGAUUGGAUCUACCAGUCCAAAUGGCAGGCUAUAUUCAAGUAGUUCAUGUCCUGAUUACGUCAGCAUACCAGCAUAUGCAUCAAUGGGGCUUGGCAGUGGUGAAACGGAAAUUUCAAGUGCCUGAUGCUGAUGUUCUCUAAGAUCUUGGCGGGUCGACGUGUUGUAAAUUACUCAAUUCAGUUUGUGUAAUUCUUGAGCAAAGCUACAAAAUUCAUAGUCGAUCUCUAUUGUUUAAAUUCAGAUCCCAAAAUUGGAAAAGAUUGCUUAGCAUUGCUCCUAUGAAUUUGUAUUCUACUUCAUAGUUUAUCUGUAUGCUACAAUGCGGUGUAAAUUCAGAACCCCAAAAUAAAUAAAAAUGGGAAAAAUUCAUUACUCUC